CCUCGAUAUUUGAAGCGAACAGAGUAGUAGAGGGUACAAAGUAUGAUUUAAUGAAAAUAACACUUACCCUUAACACGUAAAGUUUACUAUGGAAACAUCCUCUUCAGACGAACAUGCUUCUUUGCAGAGACAUUAUUUGAAGAAGGAGCUUCUUUCUCUUUUAGUCGAGGACGAAUUGAAGUUUAUUGGCGAUCCCUCGAAUCUCGUUCACUUAGGAACACCAUUUAUGAAUAAGGAUGAACCCGUUAUCACAUUUCAUGAGUCUAAAAUACCGAUUCUAAGAUUCAUUUUCAAAAAAUUUGUUUUAACUUUUCCUUUCCUCGACCCAGCAAGCCAAACGCAAUUAUGGAAUGUGAGCUUUCGUAACUUUUUAGGUGCAAUGUACGAAAACAGCGUUUCUGUACUACCUGAUGACCCAGAUGCGACUUAUAUGCACAAAGUGGGAAUGAAAUUCCAAGGCAUGCUUACGCUUCUGAUGAGUCGAGCCAUUUGCUGUAUUCAAGGAGAAAAAAGUAUCGGACACGAACAGCUUGAUAUGUCGGAUGUGAAGGAUAAUUCUUCUCAGACCAAUUUAGAAUCCCACAAAGAAGAAUUCUUGACAGCCUUAGUUGUCGGUGUUCGUGAAUUUGCUUAUACGACUUAUUUAAGAAAUAAGAAAACUUAUGAAUAUAUCAUCAAAAUAAAAGAUAAGGAUGCUAUCACAUUCGUGGCACGAAGGUAUUCUGAAUUCACCAAAUUACACCAUACUUUAGUGAAAAAGUUUCCACAAGCUAAUGUUCCUCGUCUACCUGCUAAAGAUAUACAUGACACCCAUCUUCACGACGGUUCAAAUCUCUCAUCUUUAGACACUACCCAAACGUCCUCUAGUGUUGAAUCUCCUAAAGAAAAAUCCUCUCUGAUUUUGCACCAAGAAAGGAUGAGAAUUGGAUUGAGUCAUUACGUAAAUCAUCUUCUUCAACAAGACGAACUUCGAAAUAGCCCUGAAGUACAGACCUUUCUUUCUUCUGAUCCCUUUACGCCUAAUGAACAAGAACAAAGAGACAUACAUUUUCGUCAAGAGUUAGACACUGUUCGUCGCAUAGAAAGACAGAGAUUUAUAGACAUUGCUUCUGAGCGCGCAAAAGCACUCGAUAUUUAUAUGGACGAAUUUAAGCGGUCCCUUACAGAAUCCGGAGGAUUGACAAGUUUGUUUACAGAGUUAAAAGAGAAGGAGAGCAUUAGAGACUUAUCUCCAACCUUACAACAAACCAUGGAAUGGGUUCGUGUAAAUCUAGCUUCUACUAUUUAUGAUGUAUUUAUCGCCAAGGAAAAGUCUAGUGUCACGUUUUCUCAGAUUAAGCGCAUGCAUGCAAUUUUUCCCUAUAGAAUUAUCAAAAAUAUUAUGCGUUUCUCAAAUCCACUUUCCGUCAUGAAACGUAUCCUAGACACACUUUUGGCUCAACCUUUUGGAAUGAAGUCUCUCUUUCAACGUCUGUUGAGUUUGAGUCUUAGCGAUAAUGUUCGUGCUAUUCAUAAGUUAAUUGACAAAUAUGAAAGUCAAGUUGAUAAUUCAGAUAUUUUGCAAAAAAUUCAACAACAAGUUGAGAAUCCAUGCAAAGCAGCUCAAGAAGUUUUACAGAACGAUGAAAUGACGCCUCAAGAUUAUUUAUUAUAUCUUCUUGUUUCUGACGAGGUACCUCCUAGGCUGUCUGAUGCAUCAAUCAAGCAGGUGAUUAUGGACGGAAGCUCCUGGAAAGAAGCUAUGGAGUCAGAAGAAUAUCCCGAAGAUAAAACGAUUCAAGAACGAGCAAGAAGAUUUGGAUUCACGUUGAAAUUAAUGCAUCUGUAUGCGAAGAAGUAUAAUAAAAAGCGAUCUAUUUCUUUGAUUAGUGAAGGGGCCACGGGAGAAGUUAUGAAAAGCAUGGUUGUUAUAUUUUACAAACCUCUAAUGAAAGUAUAUAAAGCAGCAAAUGUUUAUACUUCAGUGGAUGAUUUUGAAUCGUUUAUGGGGGAUAUGUUACGGCUUGUAGAAAAUACUCAAGAAAAUCCUGAACUGAAUCCGAAUACACUGGUAGAACGUUAUAUAGAUUUGGUAAAGAGACACGAAGACGCGUUUUAUGACUUUGUACAUCGGGUAUAUAUGCAUGACAGUGGACUGUUUAGCUCUCUUAUGGAAUGGAUUGAAAGCAUAAUCUCAUUUUUACAUUAUGGCUCAGCGUAUCCAAUAGACAUGGACGAAAUUAUUAGAGAACUGAGUCCGGACGAAACCAAUCUAUUAUCAGAAGAAUUGACGAGACUUAUUGAAUGGAACUAUACAAAGAAAAAAUUCUUAUUUCGGAAGAAAACAACAAAAUAUACAACUGGGGAUGAAUCCACUCUUCCCGCCGUGAAUAUGGAUGAGCUUGGACUUGACGAAGAGAUUUUGGCUGAGUUACGAGGUGAUGGAGACGAGGAAGAAGAGAAUGACAGCGAUAUAGAGCAGGACGAAAGCAGGAUAAAUGUAAGUUUUGAGUUUGAUCCCAUUAUGGAAGAACGGCAACGAUUAAAACAAAAAGGAAAACAUUCAAUCAAUGGCGUCCCGCAAAAGCCAGAAUUUAAGGUCAUCCCGAAAUUGCUUCCUGCAUUUCGCAAUCUUAUUUAUCCAAUUCUAGCUCGAUUUGCAAAUGAAAGUUCAGCUUGAAGAAAAAUUUAACCUAUUAUAUUAGAAUUGGCUUAUUUUAUUUUUAUUUUUUGAUACGAAUGCAUAGUUUCAUGAGUUAGGAAUGAAAAAUAAUACGAAAUUAGACGAAA